AUGUACUUACUUAAAUUAGUGCUGCCACAGUCCGGUUCUCUGCGGUUCAGUCCACAGUUCUCACACCAGCCAGAACCGGACCAGAAAAUGGUUCUCGGUUCUAGGUCUUCCCCAACGGUCCUGUUCUGGUUCGGCCUUGCCAAACCAUUCCAAACCAUUAUCGACUUUGACUUUGACUUUGACUGUGACAACUUCGGUCUCCACAUCAAACUGUUGUCUUCGGGAUUCGCACUACUGGUUAAUCAGGCUACCUUUAGCCUUUUUGAAGAAUCAUGUGUUGUCAAGGCACGCAUCAUACUCAUGGAAGCAUCGGCACCAGAACAAACGACUGCACAACCCAUCACAUGCCAUGCCACCUGCGCCUAUGUUGAUUUAUUGCAUGUAGACUCGACUCUGGAUGGGGAGUUGCAUGUCUUACAUGCAGCCUUCAUUGCCAAGAACUGCACCGUCCUCACUUCCUACUUUCACGUUCCUCCUGGCACGUCAGCAUCUUCAGCAGCUACAGAUGCAGAGAUGGGUAUGUAG